AUGAUAUAUAUUUUAGGACCAGAGUAUAAACCUAGAAAAAAGUUUAUUGGGAAAGUAUUUAAUUUAUUUAUAUGCAAUAGUUAUUUGUGUUCCUUUGUGAUAUUUAUAUUUGGUUAAUGUUCUUUCCAUGUAUGAUAACAUGUUUUGAAUUUUGUAUAUGUAAUUAAGAAUAAGAAUGUAAUUUUGAUUUAGUUAGAAUAAUCUUAACAUUGUUAGCAAUUUUAGGAUUAAUAUGUGGUUUGCUUAAUAUUACUGUAUUAACUGCUUUGCUUCAUAAUAAUUGGGAAAAUAAAAAGGAUUGUUUCAAUGGUGAGAAUGCAAUGUAUUUAACUAGUUACCAGUUUGGUCGCUUUGUAUUAGCAUUCUUUGUAGUUUUUAAGUAUAAUUAUUUAUGAUAUUUAAGCACUAAUAUUUAUACUUUCUUAUGGUUAUUUAUGAUAGUUUCCUUUAUAAUAUACACAUUAUUUUUAAUAAACAUUCUUAUUGGAAAUGGUUUCUUAGCUUUUGGAACUAAAUAUACUAGAUAAUUAUUUAUCAUAAUGUUAAUAUUUAUGGUAAGCAUAACAUUUUCAACAAUUAUUGAUGAAUUACAUAGAAGUUAGAAUCUAGAUAAAAGUAUUGAAAAUUUUAGUGUUUACUUUUUAUUUACAUUGAUCUUUUUAUUGUUGGCAUUCGGAUAUAAUAUGAGACAUACUCAAAGUCUAACUAUUUAAUUUGAUAUCAAUUCUCUUACUCCUAAUGAAUUAUAGAAAUAAAUAUAUACAACUCUUGCUUUCUUAGAAAUAUCACUUAGUGAUAUCACAAUUGAUACUUAUUUUAAAGGAAUUCUAUAGAGACAUAUGGAUUUUGAAUGUCAACAUCCUGAGAUUAAAGGUGAAGCAAGAUGUUUUUGUAAAAAGAAAAGAGUCUAUGAUUCUAAAAAGAGAAAAGAAGUAAGAGUUGAAGAAUGGUUUAUGAUGAAAGCUAUAAUUAUGAAAUUUUUGAUGAAAAGUUGGAUUGAAACAUAUCUUGCUAAUAGACCUAAUGAUAUAGGCAUUUAAAUAUUAUAUGCUAAGUAAGAUAUUUAUAUUAAUUUAGAUUUAUGUUUAGUAAAUUUCAUAAUCAUUAAAUUGCAUUACAUAUUUUAUCAGAUUUAGAAAAGAGAUUUACUUUUUUAUUAGAUAGAUACAAAUCUUAUUAAUUAAAAUGGAAAAUAAUAAAAUUCAUAAAACAUAAAAAUAGUGAUAGUUAUAAAGGGAAAUUAGAGAUUGAAAAUGCAUUAUUUGUAGAAGAAUAAAUUAAUUCUAUAAAAAAUAAUAUAACAAAUAUUUUGAAAUAAAAUUGUAUAUUUUGGAAUAAUCUUUAAUAAACUACAAUAGAUAUGAGUGAGAUGGAUAAUCUUUUAUAAAUGUAAUUUAAAAAAAUAGAAGAAACUAAACAUUUAUGGAUAACAAUUACUAAUUAUUUAGAAUAUAAAAAGAAAUGGAAAUUCUAUUAUGCAUGGUUUACUCUUUAUAUAUUAAAUAAGAAAAUUAAAAAUAGAAUUCUUGAUAACUUUUAGGGAUUUUAAGUAAAUGAAAAUGAUAUCUUCUCAGAAGAACUUUAAGAACAUAAUGUUGAUGAAGAUGUAAAUAGUGUUAAAUCAGGAUAUUUAGAUAAUGAAAAAAUAGAAAUAAAAAGCAAGAAAAUAAUUUUUGAUAGAAAAGCAUGUAUUAUAUAAGCUAGUGAUGACAUUCAAUCAUAAAUUAUCAAAGUGAAUAGAUAAUUUACUCGUAUUUUUGGAUAUUCUAGUGAUGAAGUAGUCAAAAUGUAAAUUAUAUAUGUUUUUAUUUUAGAUUGCCAAUUAUUAAUUUGAUGCCUGAUGUAUAUAGUAAAGUACAUCCUUAAAUAUUGAAUGAUUAUAAAUAAACAGGUAAAAGUAAUUCUCUCUAUUCUUAAAGAAAGAUUUAUUGUCUUCAUAAAUCUGGUUUUAUGUUUACUGCAUGGAAAUUUUUAAAAUUAUAUGUUGAUUUAAAUGGUCAAUCAUAAUUUGUUAUUAUGAUUAGGCCUACUGAUUUUGAUAAUGAAAAGAAACAUGAUUACAUUAUACUUAAUAAUGAUUGGGAAAUAAAUGGAAUGACAAAUAAUGUACUCUCAGGACUUAAUAUAGAUUCUCGUCUAUUCAAAAAAACUUCAUCUGAUUUAAUACUAUUCAAUCUUCUUUUAUUUGCACCUAAACUUAUUUAAUAUUCUAGAAUAGCUCCAUUGAUAAAUGAAGAAAGAGAUUUACCAAUUUUUGGAAUGAUGAAAAAUCCUAAGAAACCUAUUUAAAAGAUAAUAAACCAUUAAAAUGUUCUUGAAAAUUAAUUAUCUAAUUCAAGUAAACCUAAAAUCAAUGUAAAUAUGCUUGGCUCUUCUUCAUUAAAAUAAUCAUUUGGAAAACCAAUUCAAGGUAUGUAUUCAGAUCUUGAUUUUGGAUCCAAAGUAUUAUUACCAUAAUAAUCUAUUGAUUAAUAAAUACCUUAAUAAUUAGUAGUCUAAAAUGAAAGAGAUAAAUUCUUAUAACAUUAAAUGAGUUCUAUUAGUGAUAAAAAUGAAUUUGAAGAUUUUAAUAAAUAGAUAGGUUAAUUUGAUAAAUUAUAAAAUCUUAAUCAAGAAAUGGAUAGAAGAGCUGAAGAAUAGAUUAAUCAAUUAAAAGAAUCUUAAUUUUAAAAUAAUUAUUAGAAAAUAUAAACUAUGGGAAAUAAAGAAAAAGAUAAUUUUAGUGAGGAUAAUGCAAGUAGAGAUGAAAUGAUUUAAAAAAUCAAAGGUAUAAAAAUAUUAGAAGGUAAAAUUAAUAGUGGAGAAUAAAUAUAAUUUAGAAUGAAAAUUCCAGAAAAUAUGGAUAAAAUUAUUGAUUAUUAUUCAUCUUAAAAAUCUAAGAUGUACUAAUUAAAAAAAUAAUAAGAUGAUGUAUCAAUUAUUUAAAUUAUUUUAGCAUGUUAAAUAAGAAGAAGUCAUAGAUCAAGGUAAAAAGAAAGAAAAAGAUAAAUUCUUUAUUAAAUAAGGUACACAUUAAAGAGAAUUUAGAAAAAAAGCUAGAUUGAUGUUCUAAAAAGCAGCAGAAAUGAAGAGAUGUUAAGAUGAUGUGUAAAUAAUUAUAAUUCUAUAAUAUAGAAAUUUCUAUGAUUUAUUGGUUGAGAUCUAUUAGAAACUAAUUUAAGAGUAAAAAAAUCGUACAUUUAAAAUAAAUUGUACAAUUUAAUUCAUUAAAAUUAAAGAUGAAAGAGUUGGUAUAAUAAAAAUUAUAUCAAUAAAUGAAAUAAUGAAAAUUAAAAGAGUCUAAAGAGAAAGGGAUGGAAAUCGUAAAUAAUCAUUCUUUCUUAAAAAUAUUUAACCUUCAAGAGAAUUAAAAGGAUCAAAAUUAUCAGCAACUAAUAUUUAAAAUCAAUUUGAAAAUUCAAAAUUUGUAUCUAUGGCAAGUGAAAGUGAUACUAAAUAAUAAAUUAGUCCUUUAGAAAUUAAAUCUAAUUAAAAGAAUCCUCUUAUUAAAGAUAAAUCUUUUAAAGGAAAUUUAGGUUAUUAGAUGAAUGUUCCAGUAUAAGAAAUAGAUGAUGAUAAAGAUCUAUUAAUUGAUAGUAAAGCUUUUAAUAAGAUGAUUAAUUGGGAUACUUUUUAAUAAUAAUUUAAAAUGUAACAAGGUGCACUUAAUUUUUCACUUAAUGCUGGUGAUAAUAUAUUUAGGAAAGAAGAUAAUAAUAAACCUCGUAAAUUCUUGAUUAAGAUUGCAUAUUUAACUUGGUUUUUAAGAAUAAUGUUUGUUGCCAUCAUUACAUUAAAUCUAUUAACUUACUUUCUUAAACCAUUUUUAGAAUUUAACCCAAUGAUUUCUUAAGCAUAAAGAAUCUUAGCAUUAUCAUAAAUGUAAACUACUAUGAUUGAAACUUAUGAUACACUAUUAGAUCUAUUAAUAUAUUAAGAUGAAUCUGAUUUUAAUGAUAUGGGUAUGUCAGACAAAUUAACCUAUUAUACUUAUUAAUUAUCAAAAAUUUAGGAGAGUUAUGAAUUUAUUAAAUUGUAAAUAAAAGAUAUAGAUUAACUACAAACAUUUCUUGAUCAUGAUAUUUUUUAUUCUAAUGCAAUAUCAGAUGAAUCUAUACUUGGUUAAGCUAAUACUACUCUUAUUUUAGACAGUAAAGACUUUUUUACUAAAUUUGUUAUGUUAGAACAUCAAAUAUCUAUGAUGAAUGCUACAACAUUAGAAAUCAUAAGUCCUUCAGAUCCAUUUGUUAUAUUUAUUAGAUAUGUUACUAUACCAUAAUUAUACAAUUAACUAAAUAAUGCUGUUAUUGAAUUAUAAAAUAUAGUAUUAGAAAAAUCCAAUUCCAUUUCUGAUUUUGUUAUAGUAAUUCUUAGUGUUGAAGGUUCACUUUUAGCAAGUGGUUUUUUUGGAUUGUUAGUUAUAAUUUUUUGGAUUAGUCAAACAUACAAGGCAGUUUUAAAGAUUUUCAUUCUUAUAUAAAAGAAUGAUUUAAAUAAGAUUGUCAAACAAUAAAAAUUUAUUGAAAAUUAAUUUAAGUAUAUAAUUGCAAAAGAUUAAGAAAUAAGUGGAAUAUAACCAAAAGGUAUUUAUUAAAGAGUUAAUUCUAUAACAUCUAAACAUAAUUUUUAAUUGCAAUAAAACUUCCUAUUAAUUAAUGAAGAAGAGGAAUAAAAUAUGAAUAAAAAAAGAGAGAAAAAUAUCAUUGAUAGAUAAUUGCUUAAAUCUUUAACUCUUAAAUUAUAUGCAACAUACAUCAUAUUAGUAUUAUUAUAAGCAGGAACUUCUUUUGCUUUUUUUUUUUCACUUAAAUAAGCAAGUAGCAAUAUUAGCAAUCUAAUUUCAAUAGGUUAAGUUUCAAUUUCUGAUUUUUCUAAUAAUUAACUUCUAUUAGUAUCUGUUAAAGAACGAUACUAUAAUGAGGAAAAUUAUAUAUCAAAUUAUCUACCAAAAGUAAAGAUAUUACUAGAAAUUUAAAUUGAAAGCAUCAAAUAAACCCCUUAAAUUGAUAAUCCAGAAUAUGGAAAUUAUUAUAGUGGAUUUCAAUCAAUUUAUUUUGAUAAUCUUUGCAAUUAUCUAUUUAAUUAAACUUGUAAAUAUAUUAUAUAUAUAUAUAGAAUUAACUUAAAUUUAAUAGAAUGAUUGUGAAUCAUUAGUAAAUGGUAAAUUAAAAGAUGGAAUUGUGGCAUUUAAUUAAUAUUUCCUCUCAAAUGUAUAGGAUUAUGUUUUAUUAAAUGCAGAUAGAUUUGGAAAUAUAAAUAAUAAAAUUCUUUGGAAUUUUAAUUCUUGUAUAGAUUAUGUCAAAACAGCUUUUAAAUUUUUGCUUACUGAAUGGGCUCAAGUAUAAUAUCAUUACAAUAUACAAGGAUUUAAAUUAGCUAAUAGAUUAAAAUAUCACAUUAAUUUUAGUGUUGCUUAUUGUUAUGCAAUUAUUUUAAUUAAUAGUAUUUUUGGCAAUAGCUGAAAUGUAUUUGGUAAACCAACUUAAUAAAGCCUUUUCUUUUUAUCGAUUAGUUUAUAAAUCCUAUAUGCCAAAUGAUAUCAUUCAAAAAGAGAAAAUCAUAAGAGCCUAAUUAAUACGUUAUAAUAUAAUUAAGAAAUGA